CCUUGUUGGUAUUUCUAAGGCAAGGUGAAGCGUAGAGCCCAGGUUGAAGGUUAACCUUAUAUAAACGAGUGGAAUCGGCAAAUCUCUUUAUAACGUUAACCACUUUCGCGGGCUCUAACGAUCAAUAAAGACAAUUUCAAAAAAAAAACUUCAAAUUUUCAUUUUUAUUGACACGAAAAAUCACAUAACCUCAACGAAAAACUUCAAUCAAAGGGUUUGUUUUUGUGUUACGUAACGUUUUGUUUACGUAUAAUCGAGAUAAAACACUUCACAUCGUGUGAAAAAUCAAUUUGGAACAUAUUCCCAAAAGAAUUUUUAUUGAUAUUUUCAAUUUUAUCCGGUUUAUUAAUAAUCACGAGGUAAGUUUUUCUUUGGUUUAAAAAGUAGGGUUAAGUUUGCUCGUAUACUGCGUGUUCAAUUAUUUUUUUUCUAUUGUUUCAGUUUUCAUUUUUUUUUAAUGUUCUAACCUAAAAGCAAUCUUUUUAUUGAUUUUUUUAUAGAAUGUUACAAUUAAUUCGUUAAAUACGUUUAUACAAGAAUGAAUUCGUUAAGAAAAUCGAUUCACACGUCUUUUAAUUAUUCAAAACGUUGCGCAAACCUUUCAACUUUAUCCUCGAUUAAUGAAAAGCUUAAAGUUGACCAUAAUAAUUGGAACAAAUCAGUGGCGGAAGCCGAGAAAGUAAUCGGUUAUCCAACUUCUUUUUUAAAUUUAAGAUGGUUAUUAAGUGAUGAAGUUGCUAAUGUAGCUUUGCAUUUAAGAAAGCUACUUGGGACUAAUCAUCCUUUAUUAUCAAUAGCUAAAGAUUUAUUAAUGAACACAGAAAACCCUUCUUGGGGAUUAAUUGUACUUUUAGUAGCAAAAGCCGGCGGUCAACACGAAAAAUUUAGAGCAAUUGAUAAAGAUGUAACCGCCGGUAUUUUACAUAAUCAAAGAAUUUUAGCUGAAGUCACAGAAAUGAUUAGAACAAGCAAUUUAUUGCAUAAAGGCAUAAUAAAUGUUACUAUAAACACGGAACACGCAGAAGAUAUGAAUUUUGGUAACAAAAUAGCUUUAUUAUGCGGCGAUUACCUUUUAAGCAAAAGUUACCAUGAAUUAGCAAGUAUGAAAAACCACUCUUUAAAUGAAUUAAUGUCAUCAGCAUUAAGAGAUUUAGCCGAAGAAGAAUUUCUUGGUCCAAAAGAUAAACAAAACCGCUCCUUACCAGCUAGGCCCAACAAAACAUUAAAACCAAUUGAAAUUCAAGAAUCAUUCGGAACCGAUCCGAUCCCAUUCGAAAAUGUUAUGGGGAAUGCUAAAUCAGAGUGGACAUUACAUGCUUUGUUAUCUGGAGGGACUCUUUUGGGUAAAUCAUGCCAAGGUGUUUUAAAAUUAGGACAACAUGAACACAAAUUUGUUGAAAACGGGUACCUUUUUGGAAGAAAUUUAGCUUUGGCGUUACAAGCCGGACGAGAAUACGAAAACACUUACAACAAUCAAAAAAUAAGUUUAGUCAGUGCACCGAUUUUAUUCCAUUUACAAUACGAUCCGAAAUUUUAUAACGAAAUCGAAGAGAUGGUUUACGAAGAAAACGAAUUAAACUAUGGGUAUAUUUGUACAAAAAUAAAGAAGAGUUCCGCUUUAGAAGAUACGAGACAACUACAAAAAGAGUUUAGCCAAAAAGCUUUAAAAGCUUUGGAAAGAUUUAGCGAAAAUAAAUCUAAAGAGGCGUUAAGGGAAAUUAUAUUAUCUUUAGAAGUAUAACUAGAUUUAUUAAUUUAAUGUAGAUAAUUUACUUUUUAUUUAUAUUAAAAUGUGAUAAUUUAAUUUGAAUAAAGCAAUUUUUA